CGCCCAUUUUUAUUUUUUCGGUGAAAUCCCUAGUUUAAUCAAGCAAGAAUUUGCAGAAACAAAAAUGGGGAUAAUCAGCAGUGGAUUUAAGUUCAUACUUGGUACAGGAUUUGGGAUUUAUAUUGCUCAGAAUUACAAUGUUCCAAAUAUCAAAAAGCUUGCAAACACUGGGAUUUUUAUGGCUAAACAUUUUGAAGAGAAUUACAGGAAGCCAAAGAAGAGGGGAGAAGACGAUGAAUAUUAGUUUCAAGAGAGACAGAUGGUUAUAGAGAAUCAACAACUCAGGUUUUUGUUAUUAUUCUCCGUUUUAUUUUGAUUUUAAUUUUGUUGGUUAUGGUGAAUAGUAGAUUCAACUCAAAGAUUAUUGUUAAAGGGUAUAUGAACAAGCUUUGAAUUACUACUGACUCUGAUUUUAAUGGGAAAUAUGUUUUUUUUUAUCAAUUAAUUAACGAAUUUUGCUAUUUUUAAGGUUUUUUUUCUUGUUCUCUGUGUGUAUGUAUGUGUGAUUGUUUGAUUUUAUUUCUAUUGAAGCUAAACUUAGUAAAAUUGAGUUUUCCAUAGACUUUGAUUUGAUAAAAUUGAGUCUGUUCCAUGGUGAAAAUUGCGUAGUUUGGUAAUCCAUUGGAGCAGACUGAUCUUUGUGGUUAUGCUUCAACUAAACAUGAACUUUCAUUGAAAUUUCCGUUGAUGUUAAACCAAUUUAGUACAAUUGUGGGUGAUCAGUAGGAAACUCUUUUUAAUUUCAACUGCCAGAUGAAUAUAACGGAAAAGUAAAGUUCAACUAAUUUGAUUGAUGUCACAAGGAAGUACUCGUGUACAUGCUCCAGUGUCGACAAUACGACAUUAUCUUCACCGUUGAUUCAUGUUAGUGUUGAACACGGGGAAAUUUGUAAGUACCAAAUAUCUACUUUUCGUUAAGAGUUGUGCCCCUUGAUUCUUGAGCAUUUGUCUUGGAUCUCUUUUGAGCUAUUAACCUUAGUAUUUUGUACAUUGCUUGCUUCAAUUUUACUUUCAGCGGGGAUCCACAGACCUUAAUUUUCCAGUAACAGCUUUACCAGAUCCUCUUCACCCCAUUGUCAAGUCUUAAACGCCAUAGAUAUUAUUAUUAUUAUUUAUUUUUUUGUGUGGAAUGUCUUCUAAUCUCAUGCCUAUAUGCUGAAGACAUUCUAGUCCUUGGACUGUUGCCAUGGAGUUCUUAAAAUAUAUUCUGCGAAGUUUUUGCAGCAUAACAAGGUUGUUUGCAAAGGAAAAUUUGCAUUCUAGAUGUUGUACCUUUAUACCCCUGCCCAGGUUUUUACAUAUGGUCUGCUAACCUUGUAUACUUUUCAAUUUGAUCCUUAUGCUUGCAAAAAUCUUUAAUUAGUCUUCAGCUUGGUUUUGUGCAAUGAUGAACAACAUUUUGGUGUUUUGGAGCACCAACAUCAUAUUGAGAUUGUCAUCAGUGGAAAAGGAGGGUAAGAGAAUCUAAGUUUUUCUUCGGUUAUUUAUGUUCACUUUAAGCAUCAAACAUGUAUAUGUGCAUCUGCAUGUACAAUGGAAUGAAAUAUCUGGUACUACUUCCUUUAACACCGAGCAGGAUGACAGUGUUGUAUUCGUUACUCACCCAUCCAGUAUAACUUAUAAUGCUGAGGAAUUCACAACUCAUUUGAAGAUUGGAAUUUCUGUGAAUCCUAGUUAAACCACCUAUUUAUUGUGUGCAUGUCUCUUACUCCAUUUUACAUGCUUUCUAAUAACCUUCUCUUGAACACUCAUACAGGGUUUUGAUGGAAGGAUUAUAUGUUUUGUGUGCUAGAGCAGAAGUGACUUAGUCCUUUGUAUUGUAUAUUCCAGCCUUUUCCUAUGUUUUUGAAGUGAUGUUUAACUGUUGUCAACAGAUUGUUUACUUCAUGUGAAUUUAUGCACAGGUAUUGUUC